AUGUCGAAGCCAGCACCGGCCAAGAUAGUCCAUCUGGCUGUGCCCCCAGUCCAACCCUUUCUGGGCCCAGGCUGGGCGGACUUCACUCACCUCUUCACAGGGCGAUCCAGAAAUCCUCAUCCGAGAACAUGGCCAGAGCCCGGGCCGCUCCCCGACCUCCAACCGCCAGAGCGAUCACAGCCGCCCCCCACUCGGGGGGGCUUAAGGGGGCCAAGAACGCAGUUUAGGUUUCCAUGGACAGCCCCAGGGCGGCGAAUCCCGAGCGGACACAAAGAGAGCACCGGUGGCUUUGAUCUUGGGCGAGCAGGCUCCGCAUCAGCGUCGCCGGGCGGCCUCCCAGUCCUAGGGCCCGGCCAGCGCCCCGGCCGCCCGCGCCGGGCUCGGGCGGAACGUCGAGGCUCUCCAGAUGGAACGUCGAGGCGCCUCCCCAGCAGCCCGGAAGGAAUGCCGCGCCGCGCCGCGCCGCGCGCCGGGCCCGGAUGGAACGUGAGCCCCUCGCAGCCGCGCCGAGCCCCUCUCCCCGCCCGGCCGGCGCCCCGGGGCCGCGCGAGCUACGGCGACGCGGAGCCGGCGGGGCCGAACCUGACACACACCCAGCGCCGGGCUCCUCGACCCCGAGCGUCCCCCCUCGGCGGCUUCGAGCCCCCCACCUUCUGCUCCCCCCCGGGGAAGGGAGGAGGGUUGGUGGGCGAGGAAGAGGAAGGGGCGGGCGGUGCGAGCCCUCUGCCCGCUCCCCUCCGGCCGCUCCAGGCCCAGCGCUCGCCUCCCUUCCCCUCUGGCCUCGGGAGCUGCCCCGCCCCCGGCCUGGCCGGCUGUAGUCCGCAGCACCCCCUAGACCCCCGGCAGGCUACGAUCGCGGGGGGUCUAGAGGUGCAUGGUCCAGCCCCGGCUCCCGGCGCCGGGGGGUCAGGAAACUGAGCGGAAAGUGGGGAACGAGGCAGCCAUUUGCAACCGGAGAGGAAAGUAGUGCAGCGCGGCGCCGCUCCGCCUCCCCCCCUCCGCCUCCUGCUCGGCCGGUAGGGUGGUUCCUGCGAAGAGCCUGUUUCCUCGCCAGAGAUCUGGGCAGCGGUCGUAGAGACUCGAGGAGCGUCCGGAGCGAGGUCCAGGGGGUGCCUUUUGCCGGGGAACCCCACUCAAGAAGGGGAGAAAGGAGAAGAGGAGGCCCUAUUUUGUGUUGGAGCGGGGCGGCGGAGGGGUACAACCCUCUCGGAGGAAAGGCUGUGACUCUGCAGUUCUACGCACACGCUCCAGGAUCCUUCCGCCGCAGGUUAACCCCUACUGCGCCAGGCUGGCCGCCGGGCAGACACGUGGGAAUUAAGCCCCCCACUUCUUCGCCGCGGCUCAGGAACUGCCUCCUUUACCUCCUGGGUGGUGAAAUUGGGAGUUUAGCCACUUCUUAAUUCUGUUUCCUAAAGUCAUUGGCCCUUGAAACUCCUUGUUUUGGCUGGGGACAAUCUUUGCCAUGGGGUGGGGGGGAAUGGAAAAAGAGCCUCGAGAUUGGCCGCUGCUCUGCAUCCUGGGAACUGAAGUCCGCAAAUGGAGAAAGUGAGGCACGGCGCCUGGCGCUGCAAAGGGUGGGUUCUUGCCACGUUCGGGGGCCGGAAGAGAGCUGGACGAGUCUCAGGUUUUCUAACUCCAAGACCCUUUCGUGCCGAAGGACUGUCGGUGUUCUCACGAUCCCCAAAACAUCUAUCUAGAGUAUCCCAUCCCGUAUUUAAUUUUUCCCGAAAAUCUUCUGAACCUGCCUCUCUCUCUCUCUUUCUAAAAAAAAAAAAAAAAAAAAAAGCUAAAUACCCUACUAUUUGGCUGGAAUUUUGUUAAUCUGGAUAAGACCUUGGCAAGCGCUCGCACCCCAAGUCUGAAUGAUAGGGAAAAUAGAAUUACUUUUUCUGCAUAGACUAUACAUGGAGUAAGCAGGUUGAGACAAAUUAACUGUUUACUUGAUACUUUAUAUCGUCUUAGCUUUUCUCACCAGCAUUGGGGAAUUUUCUCCAUAUUACAGAUGAAAAGACUGAGGCUAAACUAAAGGAAAUCAAGGAAUCACCCUAAGAAAUUAACCCAUAAUUCAAACCAAAGGCAACGUUUUCCCCGUAGAUUAAAAAAAAAAAAAUUAAGGGCCUGAAGAUGAGAUGGCCUGAAGGGAAAACAGAAGACCUGGUUCAACCCCUGAGGCCCACCUAGUGAAGGAGAGAACUGAGAACAAGUUGUCCCCUGACCUUCACACACCCAUUGUGCCCCCCACACACACACACACAAACAAUAAUAAAUCAGUGUAAUUUUGAAAAGUUUUUUUUCUUAAGAGGAAAAAGUAGAAAGAAGCUGGCAAAUUAGGUCUGAGGCAACGUUUGUGGGAAAAGCAGAGAAUGGUUCAUUCUGAUGGAAAUGCGCUGUAUCCACAGGAAUAUAACCAUUAGAUACAUGUAGCUAUUGAGUACUUUGAAAUGUUGGUAGGUGGUGCAACUCAGUAACUUAAUUAUAACUAUGUUAAACUUAGUCACGUGUGACCUUCCAUGUUGGUUAGUGCCGAUCCGGCCACGGCUGUAGGAGGGAUCAGUAGCAGACACAUCCUGCUAUCCAUACAUUGGCAUCAUGAUUUGUAGUCUCAACAAUGAACCACUAAACCCCAUUUCAGCAAUUUUUUUUUUAAGAAGAAACUUCUAAAUGAUCCCAAGCUGUAGAAGAACAAGUUUAACUAAAAUUGAAAACUAGAAGGCACCUCUCUGCUGCCUGUACCCAAAAAGGAAAAGCAGACCUCACUAAAAGAUACUAGUACUGACUGGUUAAUCUAUGAUGUACUAUCCUGAACAUUAUGUAUAUUACCUCAAUUCUCACAUUUUUGUUUUAAGACAAGGUCGUAUUAUGUAACCCUGACCCACCAGGACUCUGCCAUCUAGACAAGGCUAUCCUCUAACUCAAUCCAUGUUGUUUCUGCCCCCUGUGCUCUGGAAUUAAAGACAUGUGCUA